UUCCUACUUUAUCCAUCCGUUUGUGUGAGCGCCCAGCUGGUGUUUCUACGGUUCUACCUGGGAUGCUCUUAAGCUUCACUGGUAUCACUUUCUCUCUCUUUGUGCCUCAGAGCGGGAGCAGUCUCUUCGUUGGAGGUUUAUAGGAAAUUAACACAAGGGAAGAGGGAGAGGCGCAUUUCAUUCAUCAAACAAUACACAACAAAAUUCAGGUCAGAUUGUCAGAACAAGAACCCAUUUCGGAACCCUUCGAAUGCGUUUGGUUACGUAAUUCUGUAGAAAGUAUUUCUGCGGAAGCGUGAAUCCCAUUUUUUUUAACCGUUUGGUUGCAAUUUGAGUUGAACCUGGGAAGAAUCAAGUGAAUACUUAGAAGGUCUCUUCUCAUGAAACCCUAUCUUAUUAUCUCUCACGGACUUCUCGGUGGGUGUCGUUCUGAGCAUUUCUGGCGCACGAUAGUUUUGAAGAUUUCAAGCACUUUGCAUUGUCGAUCUGCCUUUCACCGGAGAAGAGACAGCGACAGCAACAGCAACGACCCAUGUGCUGAUCUUGACUGGGUUCCUUGCCUUAAAAUCUUUUCAAAUUUUUUCGUGGAGAACAACUUCAAGAAUCCGUCUUCUUCUGCCAUCGAAAACAUGGAUACAGAGGAGGGUUCCCAGUCGAGGCCACGUGACAUUGCUUCCUGGCCAAUGGAAGUUUCCCAUUUCAUGCUAGAGUGUCUUACUGGAUGUCAUAGAAGUAGAAAGAUUGGAGAAAAUAUUCUGAGGAAAGACCAGUGGCAAUCAACUUCAAAUAAAUUAAAAGAACGCUUUCAGAUGACAUACAGCUGUGAACAAUGUCGAAAUCACUAUAGAAUGUGGAAACAAAGGCUGAAGGCAUUGUGUGACCUACAGAAAAACUGUACAUUAGGCUGGAACGCCGUAGAGAUGAGAUUCGAUACACCCCUUUAUGUUUGGUCUCAAUUCAAGAAAAAGGAACAAAAAUUUUGGAAGGAGCAUAAAGUGUUUCCCAUUCACUUGAAAGCUGCAGUUUGGUUGGGAAAUGAAAUUGCAAAUGGGAAUGAAUCUAUCUACCCAUCUAAAGCAGAUGAAGAUGAUAUUGACAAUAUUGUGCCAGUUGAGGAUUUACAUGACUUGGAUGUAAAUCAUGUUGAAGUAGAUAUUCAUGCCGAAGCAAGUAUCCCUUCCACUCCAGUUGAGAGUAGCAAUCGUAAUCGUGGUAGGUCUCGUUCAGCUGUCACAGGUAAUAGAGAGAAGAGAAAGAAGGGGGGAGCUGAUAAGAUAUCUAGUCCUUUAAAAGCAAUAUCUACCGCAAUCACUGAUCUGGCUAAGAAUGACCCGCUAACUGUUCUUGGCAAAAGAUUGUCUGUUGCAAUUGAUGCAAUUCCUAGUAUUAAUUUCAACAAGAGAUGGCGCGCGAAACAAUUUUUGUUGGAAAGGAAGAACUUAGCCAUCCUCUUCUUAGAAGCAAAUGAAGAAGACAAGCCGAAGGUAUUAGAAUUGUAUAUGCCAGAUAGCGAGGACAGCAAUGGGUUAGACUGAUGAUUGGGUGGACAUUUGGCUUUUUAUUGGGUUUGAAGGUUUAUGGUGGCAAGUUUUAAAACAGUUUAUUUCUUUUUGGUGGACAGAAACAUUUAUGGUGGAUAAAUAUUUAUGGUUUAUGUGUUAUGGUAGAAAAAUGUCUAUAAAAUGGUAGGGCAUUAAGUGUUUGAAUAGAUAAGGCAGGUUUUGGUCAUGAUUGAUAUUUACUUCAUAGUCUGCAAUUCUCUGUUCUAACUUUUUCCUAAAAAUUCAAGCACUGUCUAUGCUGAAGUUCGAUUUCCAGUUUUAUAGAUUGCAAAGGACUAAUGUUUCAGACUUUUUUCAUAUGGUUCUCCCAUCAAUAUAGAGCUAAUUAUAAUUAUUUUGUGAGUUGAACUUCUCUGGGGAUGUUUAAAUUCAAAGAGAUGUACUUGUAUUCAGUAAUUUCUUGCAUUGUUGUUGAUUUAGAUUUUUGGGAUGCUUGGAUUUACAGAUGGGGUUUAUUAAGAAGCCAAAAAAGGCUCAUAUUCUUUACCAAUUUGUGCAGGAAAUAUCUUGUCUCAAUUGAAAAUUUCAGUCUAUGUUAUUCCCCCCCAAAGUUUUUGCUCAUUCAGUUUUCACUUGAUAGUGUUUGACAGACUUGCAAUUAAUGUGAUGCUGCUCAACUUUUCUGGAAAUUAUGGCAAUGUUAGGAUUUUUCUGCUCUUGUCCUACACCAGGUCUUCAUCUAAUCAAUCAUGGAUGAUUUCCACUCUGUUAACUAGAUUUAUUGAAUAAGAUCCAAGCAUGUAACUUAUUUUCCUGUCUUAGAAAAUGAGCAGGUGAGUGGAUGUUUCUUCACCUGACCUCGCAACAAGACCAUCAUAUUGUCUUGUGAUUUCCCAAAAUCUGGCUGGUAUCUCUCAUCCUGAACCCAUUCAAAUCGCAACAAGACCAUCAUAUCGUCUUUUCAUUACCUAAAAUCUGGCUGGUAGGGUUGUGACAUAUUCCCGGCUUGGUUGGGCGAUUGAUGAAUUUUGAGUAGAGCUAAGCAUGUCCCAGCACCAUGUGGUUCAAACUUCAAAAAAUUGUGCUUUUCAUUCAUGACUUGGUGAAAUAUCGGUACUAACAAUUAUCCUUUUCUAAGAAGCAAUUUUAUUGAGAGAGAACAUUAACUAUUUUAAUAGGACAGUUCACCAAGAGAUCACCCAUUUAGAGAGAAACACACAUCAUAAUAAUAUCACAUAGAAAGAUGCAUUUGUGUGAAUACCUAGGUAUAUGGUUCAAUUUCUAGAUCAAUCUUAUAAAAUUAUCCAAAUUUCUCUAGUGUAAGCAACACUUUAUUUUCAUAUUUCACUUUCAUUGUAGACAUUAAGCUUCUUUGAUAGUCAGAAAGCUGUUGCGGCUGUGUUGAUGGUUAUUGUCAAUUGACUUUACAUCUAUUGGCAUUCUGUCAAGAUGGAUGUUAUGGGUAAAUGUGAUAUAUGUGGUGGUAAAUGUAUAGUAUUGAAAUUGAAUACUGAGACUAAUCUGGAAAGAAGAUUCUACAAGUACCUUAGACUCAAUUCUUUUUUUACGUGGGUGAACCACUUAAGAAUCUGUGAAUGUGGAAAAAGGGCAAUGCGAGGUUUGAAUGUGCACUCAAAGCCUAGAAAGAGGACGAGAUUUCUGGUGUUUCCCACGUAGCACCUUGGUAAAAAAUAAGGGUUGUGGAAUGUUUAAAUUUAUAGCUGAGGGAGAAUCUUUGCCUUCAAAUCAACAAGUGUGGAAUAUUGUCGAGUGUCUACCUACCAUCACACCAGCACCACGUCCAUCCACAGACUAAUCUACAGAGAUACCUCAGAGGUCAUAUUAGAGCUUCCGAACAGCAAACAAUGAUAUGUGAGCAGCAGAUGAGGACAUUGGAGGACUUCAUUGAUGCCAUAAAAAUACUUGAUCUUAACAAGCUUGCCAGGUUGAUUCAUUGUUGUCCAAGAGAUGGCCUUGCAAAGCUCACUAACAUUACAGCAAAUUCUGAUGUCUCCAAACGAAGGGAGCAUUUCUGACGUUUCUUCUGCAUUUGCUGGAGCUAUUCCUCUCUCCAGAGUAGCACUAAGGUUUUGUUUCUCUGUUUCUUCAUCGAGGAUCACUUAUUCUGCAAUCCACUCUUCAAAGUUUUCCUACUUACCUCUGAUGCUUGUGAAUAACUUGUGAGCAGGUGGGUAGUCCUAGGAGGAGAACCAGGUUGAGAGCUUCUAAAGUCAAUGAGGAAGUUAGUUCUGACUGUGUGAAGAAAGAUAGGGAAGCUAAAAUCUGUGAUGAGGAUGAAGAAGAGAGACAUGAAUGGAGAAAGAAAAUUGGAGAGUUGAUUGAAAUGAACCCUCAUGUUGAAGAGGAGGAUGACCCCGUCGAAGUGAGAGAUAAAUUGUAGAAACUUCUUAAAGACUACACCCUUGUUAUGGAUGAGGAAGAUGUAGAUGGCUGGGGCUUCAACUUAGGUCAGUAACAAGAUCACUAUCAAGAAUGUCAGAAAGGAUGAUGAUGAUGAGAACUAUGACAGUGAUAAAGAAUUGGUUUGGCAAGAUAAUAACUACAUCCGUCCGAUAAAUAGACGUCACCACUAAGGAAUGGGAAGAGACAGUAUUCAAGGACAUCAGUCCCUGAUUGUUCUGGUGCAUAAUCGAUAUAAAAGGUCCCAGGAGAAUGAAAAGGUGCGGGAUGAAUUGGAGAAAGCAGUUCAAAUCUUUUGGAACUCCAGGUGAGGGUCUUGUCUUUCCUGAGAUUAUCUUCACUAAAGCUUGGAAGAUCUUGUACCGUGAGAAAGCAAUUCGAACGGCUGAUGAGUUGUCAAGGAUAAUGGCAUUCUUCUAGUUUGGAGCAGCCAGGCCACCAUGCUUAACAACAAGCACUGUUCUGGGGAUUAUGUCAAGAAGUUAUUCCCUUUGUUCCAAGCAACAAUAAUCAAUGCUGAAAUGAAGAAAAAUGUUGUAGUGGACACUGAACUACUGAAGUCAACAAAUGAAUUUCGGGGGACAUUAAUACAAAACUUGAACCAACUGAACCCCAAAUCUCAUCGGCUGGUCUGCCAUCUUACAACCCAAAUGAUUGCAAUGUCGACACAGAUGAAGCACUGUACCAAUUACACUUCCGGAGGAGGACCAGGAUGGAACUUACAUGAAUGCAAUUCCAACUUUGUGACAGGAAGCAGAUGGAGAUGAUUGGAGAACUGCCAAUUUAUGGAAGCAAUGGCAAUCAAAGGUGCUCUUAUGGAUGCUCCAAGGAUGGGAAUCCACUCUAAGGGAAUUCUGACUCUGAAGUUUUCAUUCAUUACCCAAGUGAUCAAAGAUUCAAGGGAUUGGCCAUGGCUCAUUGUCCCACUUCUACUUGAUGAUUUCAUUCGCCUGUCCUUGCAGUUUCAGGUCUGUAUGUUUUAAGUAUUUUUUUAAGUAUUUCAGUAUAUGAUCUAAUGACUUCCUACUGCUCAAGGAAUUAAUGUAAUUGUGUUGGUCAUGUGAAAGUCAACUACCAUGGGUGAACAAUGUAAUCAUCCAAGAGUAUGGCCUCUAAAGCAGAGGUUGCGGACUUACCUCUUCUUCGGAUUGUGUAAUUCCUGUAAUUUUGUCAUUUAGGGCCCAUUUGGUUGCCCUUCUGUUUCAGGAAAUGUUCUUUUCACAUAGAUGUUCUUUAUUGAUUAUGUGAUGUGAGAGCGUUUAUGUAAUUUAGAGUGUUCUGGUCUUUGCUAUUCUCUCUUACUUGUGGCUUCCGUUUAAGACCAGCAACUAUGAUAGCGUCAGAUGAUACGACUGCAUCAAUUAUUUUGGAUGGAGUCGGUCGUGUUUCGCAUGGUAAUUAUCCGACAUUCCCUGCUAGCUUCAUCAAGUUGGAUGGAAAUACCUAUUUGAUGUGGUAAUACAUAGAUUUUGUUGUGAUUCUGAUUGCCUUUGUAAGGGACAAAAAUCCUCUGCAAUUCCCCAUCGGUGCAAUUCUGUGAAAUACCCAUCUCAGUGAUUGACACGUGUCACAUACCAAAUGAACGGUCCAGAUGUUAUUCAACUUAUAAAAUCAAUUUGAACCGAAUCAGUGAAGAACCGUAUUUGAACCAAACCGUAUCACAACAAACCGGUACAUUUGAAAUAAAAGGUGACAGUUUUCCCUCUCUGCUCUUUCGACUCUCUCUCUUUCCCUCUCUCCUCUUACGACUCUCCCUCUCUGUUACGGCUACCAGGUAACCCUCUGUCGACUCUCCCUCUCGCUCGCGACUCUCUCCCUCUCGCUCGACUCUUCCUCACUUGACUCCUCUCACUCUCUCUCUCUGUUUCUCGCUCGACUCGCUCUCUCCUUCUGGUACGAAGCGCUUGCAAAGAAGGUAUGAAAUACUCAAAGCCUUCUCUCUUUCUUUUUAUUUUUUUCUUUUAUGUUAAUGUUAAUGUCUCUGCAAAGGGCCUUCUCUCUCUUUUAGCUGUUUGAUGUCUCUCUGUUCCUCGCUCGACUCGCUAUCUCUGAGAUUGAAAUUUUUUUGAAGUAUUUACAUUGUACUUUGCACAAAGGUGCUCUGUGAUUUUGAAUGCUGAAAUAUUAGGUUUUCUGUUCAAUAAAAUUACCUAUUUGAGCUGGUUUGAAUAUGUUUAUUACUUGAAGGUCCAGUUGUCUCAGCUAGGAAAGGCCUAGCUUGCUGCCAGAUCCUGGGAUUGAAUGUCACAUUUACCUUAUAUGAGCCUCCCUCCUCUGUUAUAUUGUGUUAUAAGUGCCAAGAGAAGAAACAGGAAUAUGUUAUUUUGUUAUGAACUGGAGUCAGUUUUUAUAAUUAAUUUGGAUUAAGUAGACUUUGUUUGAGAUUGACUAUGAACCUUACCUCUCUAGUUUAUCUUUGAUGGUUGCAGAUUUGGAUUAGUAUAUGCUGAAAAUUUGUAUAUGUGUGUGGAAACAUUUGCAUUGGAUAAAUCUUGAAAAUUAUAAUGCCACAACAGCAUUCAAGAACACAUGUAGUUUCAAAUGAAAUAUUAAGAUCAAGGGUAUAGAUUGUUGUUGCUGUUUUUGUCUAUAAUGAAAUAUUAAGAUCAAGGGUUUUCUUGACUUUAAGUUCACAGCCUUCACAGUCCAUCCUGACUUUAAGCUCCACAGUUUGCAUCUGCUUCCUCUUCUUCUUAUGCCUAUGACCAUUGCUCAGUAACCUAGAGAAAUACUCCAGAGUACCUCCAACACCCAUGUUGUAUUUACUCCUGAACUCUUUAAAGAAGAUGGGUCUGAGAGAAACUUUGUGAGCGGAUGACAAAGUCAGAACUAAUAACAACUUAAAUAGUCAAGGCAAAAGCUUCCAGAGAGGUUCAUUUCAAUGUCUCAAACUGCAGAUCCACUGAUUCUCUAUGGAAGCUAGAUCAGGAAGGAUUGCUAUUAAACUCGCGAUGUACAUUGUACAAAUCCAUAUCAGAGGAGUUGAGCAUAUGGGGAUGGCCUCUUCAAACUGCAGGGUUGCUUACAUCAGGGCUUUCUUCUCGGUCAUUCACCAUCUUGACAGGCAGAGUCACAGAGUGGUCAGAGGGCAGGCUUGGGUUCUCAAUUCGCAAGGCAAACAGUUCAUGGGUACAAACAAGAUGGAGUGCCUCAGUUGUGCAAAUGGAUUCUAAUACCUGGAUUCUUGAAUAUCGAUCAAGCUCAGUGUUGCAGAGCUCAAAAUUCUUUAGAGCAGCAUUCGAGUUCUUAAAGUUCAGAAUGUCAAGAAUAGGUAGAGAGAUGAAGCAGCAAUUUUGGUUAUUGCCCGCUUUUUUUCAUCAUUAUAGCAUUCAUUCGGAGGAUGUCGUUUACAGACAUCCAACUUAAGAUGUACCAAAUCUCAUGCCUUAUGAGACACUUUGAUCUAUUAGUAAAACUGCUGAUCUUAUUGAUUAAAAA